UCCCCUCUUAUUUUGGAAUCAUCAGACAUUCCAGAAAAUAAUGCCUCUCCAUCCAGUACACUCGAAGCCUUCUCAACAAAAGGAUAAUGAAGACUCACUAUGUGGAUCAGUAUUUGCUUCAAGAUACAUGUCAAAGCCUAUACCUACAUAUCGCAUGCCUGAGGAAGCCAUGCCACCAGAAGUGGCUUACCAGUUGAUUCACGAAGAAUUGGCACUCGACGGGAAUCCACAGUUGAACUUGGCGUCUUUUGUGACCGUAUGGAUGGAGCCCCAAGCAGACCGUCUUAUGACUGAAAAUAUUGGUAAAAAUUUUAUUGACUUGGAAGAAUACCCUUGUACUGCAGAGUUACAAAAGCGUUGUGUCAAUAUGAUUGCACACCUCUUUCACGUACCUACAGAACAAGGUCAAUCGGACUCUGUAGGCACAGCUACAGUAGGGAGUUCAGAAGCAAUCAUGUUGGCUGGUUUGGCUUUCAAGUGGCGAUGGAAACAAGCAAGAAAACAAGCGGGAUUGUCAACAGAAAAACCCAAUCUUGUGAUGGGAUCCAAUGUGCAAGUAUGUUGGGAGAAGUUUUGUCGCUAUUUUGAAGUAGAAGCACGUUAUGUACCGGUAUCGGAGAAUCUUUUGAUUAUGGAACCAGAAAAAGCCAUGUCCUAUGUGGAUGAGAAUACCAUCGGUGUUUGCAGCAUUCUUGGAAGCACAUAUAAUGGUGCAUUUGAAGAUGUGAAAAAACUAAAUGACUGCCUUUGCAAGUUGAAUGAAGAAAAAGGUUGGAACGUUCCUAUUCAUGUGGAUGCAGCUUCUGGUGGUUUUAUUGCACCUUUUCUUUAUCCUGAUUUGGUUUGGGACUUUCGUCUUCCUCUCGUACGUUCCAUCAAUGUUUCUGGACAUAAAUAUGGCCUUGUGUAUCCUGGUGUGGGAUGGGUUGUAUGGAAGAGUCAAGAGGAUUUACCACAAGAUUUGAUAUUUCAUGUAAACUAUUUGGGAGCAGAUCAAGCUACAUUUACUCUCAACUUUUCAAAAGGAGCGGGUCAGAUAGUAGCACAGUAUUAUCAAUUCAUUCCCAUGGGACAAAAUGGAUAUAGAGCUGUGUUAAGUAACCUUCAAAAGAUAUGUCAGUAUUUGAGAAAGAAAGUUGAAGAGAGUGGACGCUUUAGAGUUUAUAGUGAUGAAGUGAGCGUACCUUUGGUUGCCUUUGGUUUAAAAGAACCUCAAGCAUAUGAUGAAUUUGAUAUCUCACAUCGUCUAAAGGAAUAUGGCUGGAUCGUUCCAGCAUAUAAUUUUCCUCCCAAGGCUGAACAUAUCAAAGUUCUUCGAGUAGUGAUUCGUGAAACUUUUUCUAGAGAUUUAUGUGAUAUGUUAUGGAGAGACUUGAUGUGGACGUUGGAGGAAUUGGACAGAAAAACUCCCGACUCUAUACGUCACGGCAGAGAAUUGCUGAUGGAAAAGAAUCGACAAAAGCACAAAGCAUUUGCUCACGUGAAAGUAAGAGAGACAAAACUCGUGAAGACGUUCUUUUCUGAGUCUUGUUUAGAGUCAAAAACAAAAAACCAAUGGAGUCUGUUAGUUUUGGGUUUAUAUUCGUUUAAAGUUUGUGUUGGUAUUCCCAUUUCUUAAUACUUUACAAUUGCAAAGCUUCUUCGUCUCGCUCCUCUGCCUUGUUUACU